GCGGGCGGCGAGGCGACCAUGGCGCCGCUGAGCAACUUCCUCUUCGCGCAGUGCAUCGGCUACUUCCUCGCCUUCCUCUUCAGCUUCAUCGUGGUGGUGCCGCUGUCGGAGAACAGCAACGACUUCCACGGCCGCUGCCUGCUCUUCACCGAGGGCAUGUGGCUCAACGCCAACCUGACGGCCGAGAGGCAGCGCUUCACCGUGCAGGAGUGGGGGCCCGAGUCCGCCUGCCGCUUCAGCCUCUUCGCCGGCCUCCUCUCCCUGCUGCUCGCCGCAGCGCAGGCCUGGCGGACCCUCUUCCUCCUCUGCAAAGGCCACGAGGACUCUUUCUUUUAUGCUUUCCUGAAUCUGCUAAUCAGCGCCUUUGUCGUUUUCGUCAUCUUUAUCGCCAGCACGAUUGUGACCGUCGGCUUCAACAUGUGGUGCGAUGCUAUUACUGAGAAAGGAAGCAUGCCAAAUAGCUGUGAAGAAUUGCAGGAUAUAGAUCUUGAGCUGAAUUUAGAAAACUCAGCAUUUUAUGACCAGUUUGCCAUCACACAGUUUGGCUUCUGGGCUGCUUGGCUGUCUUGGCUAGGAAUUACCAUUUUGGCCUUUUUGAAGGUUUAUCAUAACUACCGGCAGGAGGACCUCCUGGAUAGCCUGAUUCAUGAGAAGGAGCUUUUGCUAGGACGCUCCUCGUCACAAACUUCUUUUCAGGAGGAGAAAAGUGGCAUGAUCUAAUGGGCCGAUAAGUCGGUCUGUCCAGCAGGUUGUAGGUUUUAUAAUUUGGUGGCUCUAGCUGGAGUUCAAGAAAGAAAAUUACACUGGCCUAUCUGCAAUGAUGUUAAGAAGGGACAUAAAUCUGGAAUAAAGGUGAUAUUGUCUAUUGACAUGUCCCUGUUAAUGUAAGACAUAAAUAAGGCUGGCUCACACAGGCAUGUACAUCAUACAUCAACUAAUUACUCCACAUUUGACUCUCAGACAAAUGCAAAACUUUCCAUUGAAAAGUAUUGUCUUAGAGUUGACAUCAAUGGGACAAAUAAGUCAUGAUUAAACUAAGUCCCAUUGCUUUCAAUAUGUCCAUUCUAAGCAUGAGCAGUUCUAGAUUGAAGUCAAUGUCAUGUACAGUGUUGGCUUUCCAUGCCAAUGCCCAGAGUGUCUGA